CAAUACUCUGAUGGUUACGGACACCCCCUCUGUGACAAAUACAUAUCUCUCUGAAUUCCCGGGUGUGGCUUCCGCUAAAAAGGAAAUUCCGAAUUUUUGGCGCUACCGAAAAGCAUACAUACAUUUACAAACCAUACCUGCAGACGGUUCUGGACUUCGACUUGAUGAUCCGCGUGUCUCGCCCCUGCUCUCUGUAUUAUCCAAUUGGUAAUUCCUUCGCAUGCAUCUGCUUGGAGACUAGACAAUGGCGUUGCAAGAACACUGCCACGCCCACUACUGCAACCCAACACUAACUCUUCUCGUCACCCCUUUUAACCCUAUACACAAUCGACAUGCGCGUUCGUUUUACUUCGUGGCGGACAGUCAAGUUGCUCCGACGGAGGUGGAUUUGUUCAUGAGCAGAGUGUUCUCGAGUAAUGAGCACCCUGAUACCGCCCAGCGCCGAACCCAGUGAUAUCACAUGCGGCGAACGGGGCAAGACCGAGAGCGGAGUUCUGCGGCUUUCGGUCACCAACAUGGCGUCCUCGAGCACAUGGACGUCAACGGCUUGCAGCGGCGGAGUCAGCGGCAGCUCUGGCGCAAACAUCUACAUGUCUGCUCUCGCCGGGCGGCGGAAUGCGGGCGCAUCAAAUAGCUCGUGGGCCACGACCAGGGCCGGCACAAAAAUGUCUUCCUCGGGAACUGCGUCGCUUGCCACCAAUGCGGGAGACCCGCGGAGAGACUCGGUCAAGCCAAGUGCGAAGGUCGACCGCUGGUGUUCAGUAAAUGAUUUGACCAAGGAUUGGAGCAAGGCAAAGAAAUUUAUCAUGAUGUGUGGGCUGAUAGAUCUGCCGGGCAGCAAGCCGACUCCAUGGCCAAAAAUGGUGGCAUGGUUGGUCACCCUUCUAGUGGUGUGGGUAUCGUCAGCGCUGGCCUUUCGAGCGACGGCUGUCAAUCGGUCCUCAACGUUUUGGCCAGUGUGCGGAAUCACUGUGGGCUUUCAAAUGCAAGCGCCUGUUAGGGUACGACUUCUGAUUCCGCCGACGGUCUUUGUGGCCAGCCUUUUAAUAAGCAUUCCCACAUGGGAUGUCCGUACGGCCUCCGCCUUCGCGGCGGUUGAUAGUAUAGAUCCAUUCCUGGUCACUUUGGUCAUCCAGUACGUGGCAAACUACUUGGGAGCACCGGGGUUGCCCUUCGAUUUGACCCGGAAGCGCAAUGCAGCCGCAUUUGGGUGCGGGAUCGUGAUGUCUCUGUUUACCGGGUUCCUUGGCGCAUACAUGGUCAUAGGCAUCAUCUCUCCUCACUUGUACUUCUGGCAUUUCUACGUCAAAUGGGUAACCACGAACGUCAAUGGCAUUGCCCUAGGAGCCCCCUUGAUCGUCACAUUUACCAGCUUACGAUCGACCAACAUCCAUUGUUGUCGGAGCUCCAUGCUCUCCUGGAGAGGUUUUCUUCAUCUCUUCCUCUUCCUGGUAGUCGCUGCUUGUCCUCCUAUUGGAGCCAUUGCGUUUCGGGGAUCUUUUCUGUCCAAUAUCUUUGGAUUGUUCAUGUGCUACCCCAUCGUCCUCUUUCUCAGCGCGGUGCUCGGUCCACCGGGCUCUUCGAUAUCAACAUUUUUGGCCGGAGGUUCCUCAGGAUUAACACUAUCUUUGGGAAAGACAUACUACACCCGCGGAAGCACCGGCGAGCCCUGGGCACCAGGCGUUCUCGAGAAUAUCGUGGCAAUGCAGAUGUUCCUAGUGCUCCUUAAAUUCACGUCAAUGUGGAUGGUGACAAUUUUAGCGGACAGGGACCGUGCGUAUUACAGCGUGGAAAGGAAGGUGACCGCGCGGACAGCAGAAGUCACGGAAGCGCUGAGGAAGUUGGCGGCCGCAAGAAAUCGUGCCAAGCAAGCGAACAGGGAUAAGGCAAAUUUUCUGUCAUUCCUAUGUCAUGAGCUGCGAAAUCCACUGCAUGCGGUCACCAAUAUGGCGGAAUUCCUGUUGGAUGACAUGGAGGAAUCCUUCGCUCAACGGUCUUCUUCCGAUUUCGCCACAGUCUCUUUCUCGGACGACUGCAACGAAAACUAUCCUUCCCACGAAUCGGAUUCGAGUGACAGCAACUCCGAUGACAGAAGGGGAAAGAAGCGGCGCUCAUCUCAUUCCGUGCGACGGCCGUGUUCGUGUCCUGUUGUGCACAAUUGCGCCACGAGUCCGGCGUCCGAAGAACCAGAGAGAGGCAACAGCUACAUGUCAUUACUAUCGCGCGAGCAGUCGCAGACAAGGUCGGCGAGAGCAAUGAAGCUUUCCUCGGAGUACAUGCUCGCGAUCGUCAACGAUGUGCUGGAUCUGGACAGAUUCGAGGGAGGGAGGGUUCGGCUGGAGCUCAGCGAGCUCGACUUCCACCAUUUGCUGGACGCUUCCUUUGCGUGCGCGGAGGAACUGGUGCGCAAGCAUGGGAUUUCGUUUACGAGCGUGAUGGAAGCCAACGUGCCUACGCGGGUUGAGAUCGAUCCGACCCGGAUGCAGCAGCUCCUGAACAAUCUGGUGUCGAACGCUUACAAGUUUACGCCCGCUGGGGGUGAAAUUAUCGUUGAAGCUCAUCAGGCAACGGAGUGGUGGGCACCCCAGCAUGUCCCGGCGGGUGGUGUCAGCUUUACAGUUCCGGUAGUGGAGAAAGGAAACAGCAACAACAAAAUCCUUUCUGCAGCUGACCCACAGUUGGAGCAACAGGAGAUACUGGACCAGAUCUCAAUUACGGUUGUUGACUCAACCCUGGAAGGAGAGCUUCAUCCGCGUUUGCGAGAGAGGCGACAGUCUUCUCAGGAUGCAUUGACGACCUUCCGAUGUUCGGCCUUGACGCCGGGGACGUGGACAGACCCGUCCACUGGAAUCGAGGGUUUGGGAUGUCCCCCACCCGCCUGGCGGACCGCAAAAGCGGAAUGGACGCAUUGGAAUCUGAUAGAAAUCACGGUCACAGAUACUGGAGUUGGCAUAGGAUCGGAGGUGAUGGAAUCCCUCUUCCAACCUUACACGCCAGCGGCUGUCACGUCGAUGCGGGAGUACGGCGGCAGCGGUCUGGGAAUCCCAAUAGCCGAAAAGAUUGUGCGCCUGAUGGGCGGCCAGAUCGCCGUCGAAACCGAAGUCGGUAAAGGAACGCGAUUCGCUUUUGUAAUACCACUGAAAGUUCUGGAUGUGGUGGUAUCAGAAAACGUAAAUUGUGGCUCAUCUCAGCCAUUGAAGGGUCCAGUACGACGGCGUAGGAGUUGGAAACGGACGGAUACCAACCCACUCCGUAGUCAUAGCGGAUACAAAGACCGGGACUCGAAUUGGACAGGCGGACAGUCGACCGCAAACAUGGACCGCACUACCCCAGUGUCUCCGCUGGCGGGACCAACGAGGGUGAUACUUCAACAUAAUCAAGCGGAAACUGCAUCACCAACAAGAGACGGACCCUCCAUGACGGACAUCAAACAUAUCAACAAGCAACGGUUGAUGCACAAAGUUUCGUCUCUCGCUGCGGGUGGCAAGCCACUGCCCCCUUCUCCUACCGGCUCCGAAGAUGACUGCAUAUCGCCAGCUGAUAUGCAACACCGAGUAGAACUUCUGCACAAAGCCCAACACCAGCAAACCGACAUCGCCGUACAGGCGCAACAAAACUGGCGAACGUCUCGGCAUACAACUCCAGUUUACGAGUUAGCGAACCCGCUUGAAAAUCGAGUCGAGAACAGGACGACGACUACGUCAACCACGACGACGGUCGAAAUUUCAGUCGCCACACAGCAAACGCUGUCGGAGUCACCAGAGUCAACUCCAGGCUCUGAGGACACCCCUUUGAUUCCAGGAUCGAAGUCUCAUCCGGCCAACGUCCCUGGCACUGAGGCAACAGUCCCACGGAAAGAACGAAUCCUCAUUGUCGAUGAUUCUUUGCUGAAUCGCCGCAUAUUGCACCGAAUGCUGGAAAGAAUACUUCCUGCCGGGCAAUUUGAGAUUACCGAGGCAGAGAACGGUCAAGAAGCUGUAGAUAUGUACAAGAAAGCGCAAACCGAGAUUGCGGACAGCGCCAGGGACGGAUACCGGCUCAUAUUCAUGGAUAUCAUCAUGCCAGUCAUGGACGGAUAUCAAGCCACCAAGGCUAUUCGCGACGCCGGUUGCAAGAUACCCAUCGUUGUGACGACCGCCAAUCGGAUUGACAAUCCUGAAGCUCAGGUGCUGCUCGACAAUGCCGGUGUUACUUUUGCCAUCGGGAAGCCUUUCACCCAGGCUGCGAUCAAAGGUAUACUCCAACGCUGGGAGGUCAUUUCAUCAUAGCACAACAGCACGCCCGCUUAGUACCUCAUAGUCUGACACUGUUGCCCUUCUGUAUACAUACUGUACCUUCCGCCGUUGUAGAUUAUCUCUGUCAUUUAUUUCCUUCGAAAUGACAGUCCCGGGGCGCGCUGUCGAGAUCUUGUUUGCACUGG